AUGGAUUCGUAUGAGGCAUUAUAUGGGACGCGAUGCCAUUCUCUAGUGGAUUGGUUUGAGCCUGGUGAGGCUAGGAUACUAGGCAUAAAUUUGGUUUGUGAUGCUUUGGAGAUGGUGAAAUUGAUUCAGGAGUGGCUUCGUAUAACGCAGUCUGGGAAAGAGAGUUAUGCUGAUAAGAAGGCUCGUGAUGGGGCAUUCAUGGUAGGUGAGAAGGUUCUACUAAGGGUUUCGGCCAUGAAAGGUGUGAUGAGAUUUGAAAAGAAUGGCAAGUUGAUACCUCAGUAUAUUAGUCCAUUCGAAGUGUUGGAGAGAGUUGGUAAGGUGGCCUACAGACUUGCUUUUCCACCUAACUUAUCGAGAAUUCAUAUGGUGAUUCAUGUUUUCAUACUUCGAAAGUACUAUGAGGACCCGUCACAUGUUUUGGAUUUUAGCUUGAUGCAGUUGGACAAUGAUUUGAGUUAUGAUAAGGAUCCAGAGGCUAUUUUGGAUAGGAAGAUUUGA